UAUGGUAAUAAAGUGUAAAAAAAAGGAUGAUAGUCUGACAGGUAUUAAAGAUAUUCCAUCUUUUGAGGAAAAUAAUUUACUAAGUAAAGAUUACGAACCGCCUAUAAAACGAAUUAGGAGUAGUACUCCAGAAGUUUCUUCUAAUUACGUUAAUUCCCGGAAUUUUAAUAAAAAUUCAGCGGUUCAAGGAAUUUAUCAACCUCCUAAAACUAGUACGAAUGUGACAUCUACUAACCGUCUAAAUCCUGUUGAAGGAGAAGUGAGAUCGUUAGAGAACAGAGAUGACUUAUCUCCAAAUUGUCCAAAUACGAUACGAGUUAUCAAAUGGCUUUAUCAGGGUGCUAAGAGAGCAACUGGAAGUUGUACUGGAAAUCCAACAGAUGGAAAGGAUCAAAUAUCGAAAACUUUCAUAGGUGGAUCCUAUUCAGCUCAUAAAAAGUAUAAUAAAUGUUCAAUUGGUAGUAAAAGGUAUAGGAAUUUAGGAACGAAUGAAACCGGCUCAUUUGAUACUGACGACUCCAAAAAGUCAACAUCCUUCAGCUCAAUGGGAAAGCAGCGGAAACGGAAGAAUAAGAAAGAAAAGCAUUCUAAGAAAAUAAGGCCAGUCAGAAGAGCUGAGAGAAUCUUACAAAAAAUAAAAAAUGCUACCUUUAAACGGAAGAAGAAGAGGAAAAAGAAGAGGAGUAAGAAUAAGAAAGAACAAAGGGUAAAGAAAACCCAAAUAAAGAAAUGUAAAGAUGAUAAAAAAGAGAAGGAAGAAUAUGAUCAAAUUCAGGAAAUGAAGGAAAAAGAAAAAGAAGACAAAAAGAAGAGCAAGAAAAAUCACCAGACAUCAGAAGAGGAAAGGGAAGAAAAUGAAAAAAGAGGAAAGAGGAAAAAUGAUAAAUCAUUAUCAGAUAUUUUUCAAAGUUCACAAGAUGAUGUAAAAAACUUUGAUUUUCAUACAGAAAACUCAAAUAGGCUGAAAUCUGUUGAAUUUCGAAAAACUCAACAAACACCAAACUUUCAAGUUAUUUCAACAAGCUGCUCAACAACAGAAUCUUUUAAUAAGAAAAGUAAUGUUGGUCAUAGGAGAACGUUUCAUCUAAAAAGUAUGAAGGAGAUCAACUCUUCCCCAAGGAACUUGGGGCGGAAGAAAAGCUCUCGUAUAAUUAAUUUAAAGGUCAAUAAAAACUCAAAAUAUCUUGAACCAUUCCUUAGAGAUGAUUGGCUGGGCGAAAGAAUAUCUAAUUCUUCGCUGCAAUUGAGAUACACAAAAUCUUAUGAAUGUUCAACUAAUUACCCAAAAAGAGGAGAUUAUCCCAUUAAGAAACUACAAAAAUCUUCAUCAUGCUAUAUGCUAGCGAAUAAUAAAUAUAAAAAGACGAUUUCCUAUUGUUCUACAACUGCUGAAACAUCAGAUAAAUUUCAAUUAACGCCAUCUAGUGGUUAUACGUACAAUACUAGUCUGAUGGAACAAUUCUAUACGAAGCGUCUAAAUAAAUUAGUCGAAGAUGAAUGUUUAACAGUUAUAGCGAAAUUAAUAUGCGCCGAAAGGUUAAAUUUAACAUUACCAAUUGAAAGUAGAAGAAAAACUAAAGAUAAUAGAAUAUUAUCUAUAAGUAACGCUACGAAUUCAUAUAAUUUGGCGUCAACUUUGUCAACGCUUUCUAACGUGUCGACAAAUACAAUAUUAUCUGAUCCAAACUCAUUAGAUUUACCUUUAAAGAUUAGAUUUUAUAAAAGAAAUCUUACACGGCAAGGUCUCGUAGAUAAUUGUGAUAAAUGGAAACAAUAUAACUUAGGAGAAAAUAAAGGAGAUGAAGUCAACCAUCAUUAUUACAAGAUUAAUGGACGUUACUUUUAUAAGGAAGAUGUAUUAUCACCGAUAAAUAGAAAUAGGAAGGAAAGUAUAUAUUCCUAUCCCGAAUCUGAUCAUUAUGCGGAUAGACAAUAUCGUAAUAAACGUAAUUCAACUGUAAAGUUAGAUAAGUUCGGUAGGGAAGCAGUUAAUCCUAAAUAUCACUCUAACUCAAAGAGGCGUAGGCGUUUGUCAAAGAAUUUAAAUACGAAUGCUGUCCGUUCGAAAGAUAAAUCAAAGCAGAACUUAGUAAAAGAUCAAAAUUUAUCAGAUUUACAAACAACUAUAAAAAAUUUAUCUAAUAAUAAUCCCGAUUCUAAGAAAAAACCUAAAAGAGAACCAAGAGUUAAAGAUGAAAGUAAUGCUAAUAAGGGUUGGAGGGAGAAGUUCUUAGAUCGUAUCUCGUCCGUUUUUCGAAAUCGAUUACCUGAAGGAUCAAGGUCGUGUUGUCAGUCGAAAGUUGAAACCUUAAAAGAUCAACAUAUACCGCCUCAAGUCAGCUUAGGAGAAACGGUUGUUAAUGAGGCAAACAAAUCUAAAAUACUCCUACCGUUACGGACAAUUAUUCAUACCUUAAAAAAAAAGGAUGCUUAUAGGGAUAAAACGAACAUGACAUCGUCGGAAAGUAUUGAUAAUCUCCUUAGACGUCAUCAUAUUAAAGUUGACCUUUUAAAUGAUAGCCAAUUGAAAUUAAAGAAGGCUUCUCGUCCUAAUCACGAGUUCCAAUUGGAAAAGGGCUCGAAUUCUGAUGUAGAAGAUUCCGACAAUCAUAGUAUAAAUAUACAUUUGCCAAAUCAUGAAAUUCUUCACGAAAUUAAUUUAAAGAAUGAUAAGAGGGCGGCUAUUCUUGUUAGGAAAAAAUGGCAUAAGCAAGAAAAAAACCUAGAUAAAUCGUAUCUUGUUGACGAUAAUCAUACAUGCUCCAAUUCCAUUUUAAAGAGGCUACAAGAUGUAGACUAUUAUCCUAAAACUAGAUCUAGUCGGGAAAAAUCAGUUAAGAGUUUGUCUAAGGAAGAUUCAGACAAACAGCAGGAAUUUAGACCAGCAAAAAUAAUAAAUUCAGAAUAUAUUCUUUUAAAUUCUGACAAUAGACUCUCCUUUCGAGAUUGUGAUGGGGAGAAGGCCAACUCCAUUCAGAGCUGUUUUGAGUUAGAUACUAACAAUAACAAGAAGAAAAGCGAGAAAGAUGGUGAUAAAUCUAAGAGUAAAAGCAAAAAGAAGGAAAAGAAUGAGAAAAGGAGGCUAAAGAGUAAAAAAGACGAAAAGAAAGAUAAAAAAAAAAGUAAGAGUGAUAAAAAUAGACGAAAAGAAAGUAAAAGUGUUGCUAUUGAUGCUACUUCGAUGUCUACUGAUGAUCCUACUCUUAUUUCAAAGGGAGAUGAUGUUACCAUACCAAUUACAUCAAAUCUUAAAAAAUCUUCAGGCUUAUCCAUGGAUACAAUUGAUAGAACGAUUCGACCUCAAAAUCAGGUCUACUUUAGUCAAUCACAAAUCCCAUCAGCUCAAAUUGGUCAAGUUCCUGAAAAGCCUAUAAGUUUACUAAUGAAUAACGAUAUAACCACCUAUCCAAGACAAUCAAAUCAGGGGAUUAAUUACCAAUCAACCUCCUAUUUACCGGGAAUGGCUACAGUUCAUAACAUCUGUGAAGAGGUUAAUCAAAUCAUCUCAAAUAUGUCUAGAGGUCAUUGUAUUGACCCUACGAGAGAUUCUCAUAUGAACAACGAAACCACAUCCAGACAUAUUACGAGGGAAGGUGAUCGUCCUUGUCUUACCGAAUUAACAAGUUCACUAAGAAGAACAUCCCUAAUGGGUCAAAUAUCUUCCCAUAACAUCCAGCAUACAAUUCAUCCUAAUCAAUCGCUUUCAAAGUGUCAAUUGGAGUUAACAGAUGAAAUUGUUGAUAGACCGAAGGUGAGAUACGAAGAGAAAGAUAUUCAAGAUAUUAUCAAAGGUAUUCAAAAGGAAAUUAGAAAACAAUCGAGAAGUAGAUCGAAAUCAAGACAAUUGAAGGAAAGGUGUAAACUUAAUGAAGCAGAAAACUCAAUGUACGAAGAUUAUUCUGCAACAGAAUUAGAAGAGAACUAUGAUUAUUGUAUGAGAAAUAUCAUGAAGAAAUUGGAAAAUCUAGAAGAUAUUAAAGGACUUGUUGCCAAAAGGAAGGUCAGCGUCGAGAAAAAGUUGAAUAGAUGUAGAAAAGAAACGUAUUGUUUGAACUCUUAUCAGUCGCCCAAAAAAUGCUUUAGGGCUACAGCGUCCUUUCGGAAUGAUGUUGAUUCAGAAAAGAGAAGGUUGGAGAAGGCUUUGUUCGCUUUGAAUUGCCAUCAAGAUAAACAGUGUAGGCCUAAUGAAGUUCGUUGUAAUGACGCUUGUUGCGAAAAUCAACCAAAUCAGCAUUCUAUUUGUAGAGAUGAUUUUACAGAAUAUCAAAAUAAUCAUUAUUGCGAAAAUAAUACGCUUGAGGAUGUUAACUUUAAACAUAUUAUGGAUUAUCAAGAUGGGCGUCUCUUAACUAGAACGGAGUCUAGCAGGAGAAUUAAAGAUAGAGAUGGCCGCGGGUUUUGUAAUAGUAAAUUGUAUCCUAAUAGAGGUUUAUCGCCUGUUCAAGUACACGUUCAUGUUAAUGACUAUCAAGGCAGACGUCGCCAUUCUGACAUCCCUCGGUUUACCGAUAACAAACUUGCUUCAGUAAACAACGUAAACAGCGGUGUCGCAUUACAUAAUGGAAAUAAGUCCUAUUAUAAGCCUAAUGUGUAUUCUGAAAAGGAAGUCCGAAAAGUAGACAGUAGGUUACAAAUGAAAAUCGAUCAUUAUAGGCCGCGUCGUAGAUCUCCGAUGUCUCGACAAAAGGAUAAAAUCUAUAUCUCAUCGACGAGAGGACUUAAUGAUUGUAUUACUAAUAGAAACCAUACAAGACGAUCAGUGUCAAGGACAGAUAAAAAGAAAAUUCCAAAAUUAAAUAUUCGUGUUGAUAGUAGGUCUAAGGAUAAAAGAAUUGGAAAUAUACCCAAUCGCGAAAGAUAUAGAAUAUCUAAAUUAUCCCAAGAAGAGAGCGUUGAGAGUUUUAUUAAAGAUAAUCAAAAUGUUUACUCCUAUAGAGAAAGAGAUUUUAUAACCUAUUCACCGAAAAUAGUUCCCAUUAACGAUAGUUCAACGCCUGCAACAAGCUUUGAUUCUAGAUACGAAGAGGAGCGAGAACCGUCGAAAAUUCGGUUAAGACGCAAUAGAUCUUCUUCCCCUACCCAAUUUAAUAUACACAUAAAGGAAGCGAGGAAAAGGGGAUUAAGGAACAAAACUCUUAAAUUUGCCGACGAAUCGUAUAAUCAGAAUAGUAAUCAUAAUUACGUACAAUUAAACGCCUGGGAAAACCGCUCCUCUUCCAUUCAAAUUGAAGAUAAUGUGAAUAGGGACAAUAAUUAUAAAGAGGGAGAAAAGAUUGAGAUAGAGGAAAGUGGGGAGGAGGAAGACACAAAGGAAAUAAAAAAUGAAAAGGAGAAAUCAUCUAAGAAGAUAAUGACAAGAGAGAAUCCCAAUUAUUCCCUCAAUUUCGAAAAGCCUCUAAUUCAAUUAGUAGAGUUGGCUAAACAAUUUCCAUCGAAUGAGCAAUCAACUAUCAAGAUAAAUACCAACUUGAAGUCGAUAGGAAAAGAGGUUAAGAAAGAAAUAUGCGAGGUCACUGAAAGAGAUAACAUAGUAAAUAUAGGAAAAUUUGAAACAGACACGAAUAUACAUUCGGAGAGUAGACUUACAAUUACGAAAAAUCAAGAUGCAUCACACAGCAAAAGGGAUAGUAAAGAAUUUGUUAAUAUAGAAUUGAGAAAGAAUUCUAGGUUAAAGAAAAAAAGCGAUUGUUGCGCGGUUGUUAGAGCAAUGGAAAAGCCUUUGAUGGAAGGAGUUGAAAAGGAUAUAGUGACAGAAUAUAUUGAAUAG